AUGCAGCCGGUCUUGCCCGCUAAGCCAGCGAAUGGCGAAGCAUCCAGUGCCAUGGCUUCGCGCAGUAGAGCAUGGGCCGUCGUUGCCGCCUGGGUCUCCUGUCCACUUGUCCUUCGGCGAGCUCGACGAACUCGUCGGGCUUGUGCCCAGAACAUGAGGGGCGAUGCUUGGUUGGAAGCGAAGAACUUCCCGAGGCAGCUGUGGGAUCUUACUGCAGAGGAGCAUCAAGUGCUCCGAGAUGCUGGCCGCGUCCAGAAGCAGGCGCAGCUGGGCAGUCGAGGAUGGGGUCUGGUGCGGAUCAAUGUCCGAGCUCCAGAUCACGUGGUGUUACGUUGCUUAAGCAACUUCCGGCAGUACCCCGACAUGAUGUCCGCCAUCCGUGCGGCAGAAGUGAGCUCCAUGUCGCCAGCAGCAGAUGCUGCAACGGUCGCCAAGUGCACCUACAGAAUAACGAGAUUCUGGUUCGAGAUUCCUGCGGUGCACCAUGUGGACCAGCGGCGCGGUCGCGUAAGCUUCGACAUAGAUCCAGACGCGACAGGCCUUGUGCUUCGAGAGGCCUCCGGUUUCUGGCAAGUCGUUCCGUGCCGGCAGAACCCCGGAGAGUGCCGAGUUGUUUUCCGUGUCUACGCGCAUGCUUCCAAGCUGAUGCCAGAGUGGCUUGUAGAGUAUGGCGCCCGGAAGUGUCUCAAGCGUGCCACAAGCUGGCUGAAGCCAUUUGCGGAAAAGCUUUGGCAGGAGUCAAAACAGACGGUGCCCGCUGCGGCCUGA